GCUCAGUUUUACAGUUCACAAGCUCUGAAAUCUCUUAGACCAAUAGAGCUCAUCCUAACUUGUGACUAUUCAACACUGACUCUUUUAAGUAUGAAGGAUUUUGGUGAAGUAACGGAUACGGUAAAAAUCAGAGACUAUGACACCAUCACAGCUUUUCUUGGAUCUUGGGGACCCUUUCAGCUCAGGAUUUUUUUAGCACUGGCCAUAAGCAUUCUCCCAAAUGGAUUUAUUGGUGGUUAUAUAGUAUUCAUAGGUGCUAUUCCAUCUCAUGAAUGCUAUAUUCCUGAAAACUACAACAUCAGCGACAUGUGGAAAAAUGUGACAAUCCCAUUGGAAACUGUUAGUGGCAAUGCAAAGCGGAGUUCCUGCUCAAGGCUUAACUUGGAUGUGGUCAGGAACUACUCUCAGAACAAUAUUAUCCCAAAUGUCGAUGUGAACGUUAGUGAAAUACCUUGGGAGAGCUGUAUAGAUGGGUGGUUACACAGCAAAAGCAUCUACCAGUCGACUAUUGUUACCGAGUGGGACUUGGUUUGUGAGAAUGCAUACAAACUUCCACUCACCAGCUCCAUUUAUUAUGUUGGUGUACUACUGGGAGCGUUGAUCUCAGGUCUGGUGUCCGACAGAUACGGAAGGAGACCAAUACUCUUUAUCAUGAUGCUGCUUCAAACUGUAUCAAUCACAGCACAGAUAUUCUCCCCGAGCUGGGAGAUUUUCACCUUUAUCUUCUUUUUGGUGGGUGCUGGGGGAUUCUCCAACUACAUCAUUGCAUUUGUGCUAGGUUCAGAAAUUCUAAGCCCAAAAACCAGAGUGACGUUUUGUUCUCUUGGAGUCUUUAUGGGCUCAGCACUGGGGUACAUGGCAAUGCCUGGAGCAGCGUACUUCCUCCGGGAAUGGCGGUUGCUGCUGAUUCCAAUGGCUGCCUGUGGAUUGAUCUACGUCCCUCUGUGGUGGAUAGUCCCAGAGUCUCCUCGCUGGCUGCUCUCUCAGGGAAGAGUAAACGAGGCUGAAGCAAUCCUGAAGCGUGCUGCCAAGCUGAACAAAGUAGAGCCCCCGCAGGCAAUUUUUACACAAGCUGAGAUUGAAGAUGCACUGACAAUGAAGGAGGAGAAGCAAAACAUUUUGGUCAUUGUGAAAAGCUGCAAUAUUUUCUCUAUUACACUGAUAUGUUCACUUCUGUGGAUCAUCAUCACCAUCAGCUACUAUGCUUUAGUCCUCAACACUUCCAACCUGAACGGUGACCCUUACAUAAACAGCUUCUUGUCCGCUGUCGUAGAAGUUCCAGCUUACAUAAUUGCCUUGGUACUGCUUAAGUACUGCGCCAGGCGCUUCUGCCAGUCUUCCACGCUCUUUCUCGGAGGUGUCAUGAUCCUCUGUGUCCACCUCAUUCCAAUAGGUUUACCUGGUGUGGCUGUUUUUCUCGAGAUGUUGGGAAAGUUUGGCAUCACAUCAGCAUUCUGUGUGGUGUAUGCUGUCACAUCAGAGCUCUUCCCAACGGUUAUCAGAAACACAGCAAUGGGGAUUUGCUCCAUGGCUGCACGGAUUGGGACCAUCAUCUCCCCGUUUAUUAUUUACUUAGGACAAGAAUUCAAGGCACUCCCCUACAUACUAAUGGGAGUUCUAGCAAUAUGUGGAGCUGUCUUAUGUUUGUUGUUGCCUGAAACGAAUGGAAAAAUCUUGCCAGAGACUAUAUCACAAAUGCCGCAGAUAUGCAGCAGGAGAAAAGGAGAAAAGGAAAAGGAGGCUGAAAAUGAAUCGACUCCAUCUGUUUGCCAGCUCAAAGAAUCUAAAUUAUAGUUUGGCUUCUCUAUGUUUUUAUUUUUUGGUUUGUUUUUUGUUUUUCAGAUAUUUAAUUGCUCUGUCAUGAAGCAGCAUGACGUUCUGCAGCUAAACAACAUGUUAUACAUUUUAAAGCUUCUUUUUAUUAUUUUUGUGUUUUAUGUCUUUUAUUUUGAACUAUUUUGUAACGGUACCUGUUACAUGCUGUAUUUGUUUGUUCAGCUUACUUGUGUUAUUGUGAUGUUUCUUGUCAUCAGCAGAUGUAGCCACCUCUAGAAAUUUAGGAAAUUUGCUGGUGUGAAGCAUUCAGAUAUGUCUCCAUCCUGAGUCCCACUGGACCUCAAAUACAUCUCUCAUCACCUGCAACAGGCAGCGUGCAGAAUAUAUGCAGCACAUUGCACGCUUCUCCAAAAUCCUCUGUCUAUGUGGGAAAUAAUGGUAAUGUGUUAUUACAAAAUAAAUAGUUUCGAAUCAAAAUACA